AUGGCGCUGUUCCCUGUGUGCAUCAGCCAGAGAACAUGUCUUUACCGCCUCCCUAAUGUGCUGCAGUCUGGCUUUGGGAGAAAGGAAGAGACUGGCCGAGCCUUUGGGAAGUGUCCAAAACAAGACAAACAGGCAGCCCAGCUCAAUCUGCAUGACCCUCCGUCCCUAGAUGCCGCCAUCCAGCAUGCCUUGGCUGGCCUCUAUCCCCCUUUUGAGGCCACAGCACCUACGGUCCUGGGUCAGGUGUUCCGGCUCCUGGACUCUGACUUCCGGGGAGACGGGUUGAGCUUCCUCUUGAAUUUCCUGAUCCCUGCCAAGCGCCUGUGUGAGCAAGUUCGCGAAGAAGCUUGUGGCCCCUACUCCCACUGCCUCUUCCUGCACGAGGGCUGGCCGCUCUGUCUACGGGACGAGGUCGUGGUCCACUUGGCACCGCUCAAUCCCCUCUUGCUGCGCCAGGGUGACUUCUACCUCCAAGUCGAGCCCCAGGAGGAGCAGUCCGUCUGCAUGAUGAUCAAACGCCUCUCCCUGGACCUCCGCACGGUGGACAAGAAGCCCGUUCCCGAGUCAUCCUACCCUGUGAUUUUCACCCAAGAGUGGCUGGAGGCCAUCAACAGUGACUUUGAGGGAAGUCCCUUACACAACUGCCUGGUGGCUUCCGAGAAUGGGAUUUCCCCUGUGCCUUGGACUAAGAUCGCCAGCCCAGAGUUUGUGGAUGACAGACCCCCAGCUGUGAACGUCCCCUCCCCAGCCUGGGGCUCCCUGCAGUUAGAGGCACUGGAUCUGAGCACCCCCCAAGAGCUGCACCAGGCCAGCUCCCCAGGCAGCCAGAUGCUUCUUGUCCCGAGUUUGGCCAAGAGCAGGGGCAGGACGUCUGGGGACAAGUAUCCAGGCCUCAUCAAGGUGGAGCAAGCCAGGCCUGGGGAGGUGGCCCUCAGGAUGGACAACAUGGACAGCCAGGGCUUGGCAGGAGACUACGUGGCUCUUCUGGACCCUUCCCAGGAGAGCAGAGGAGGGUCUCCCACUAAGGAGCUGGGGACACCUAGUGGCUGUACUUUGGGGGCACUGGAGGAACUAUCUAGAACUGAGGAAAUUCCUCUGUCCGAAAGACUACUGUCCCUCUCUGAGUCCAGUCGGGGCCCUUCCUUGGGAAAAUGGGCUUGUGCAAAGCCAGCAAGCUCCGAGGAUGAGCCCUGUGUUUUGGGCUCUAGGAGGAAGAUCAAGAGCAAAUCGCCUGCCCACGACUCAGACCCACAGCCCCAGGGACCCUGCCUUAAUGUCCUCGGGGAGCCACUAGACUGUGACUCUGGCUUCAGGGCAGGUGUCUCAGAACAGAUGGCUGCCUCCAAGGUACAGGGACCUCUGGGAAACCCAGAGACCACGGCCCAGCCCAGCCCUGGACCAAGGCAAACGUCCUCUCCCUACUUGUCCCCAGCUGCCCCGGCUGCCCCAGCCUCUGAUACAAAUAUGGACAAGACCAAGCAAGAAAGUGGGAGACAUCCCCAGCCCACGACGCGCUCCAGCCGAAACACCUCCUCCUCCAGGUCUCCCAUUCCCAGACUCAAAGUCUCCUUCUUGAAAGGGCAGAGGCAAUCCCCGGUGCCCGCGGAGAAAGCCUCGCUCCAGCAGGAUGGGCCUUGGAGAGCCCUGUGCUCAUUCUACCCUCCUAAACCCUCCCGAGCCAAAUCCCCAUGGAAAGAUGGAACAACUCACACCAAAACAUCUGGCCCUCCUGCUGACUCAGACCCACAGACUGGGGGAGAGGCUGGCUUCUCGGAACCUUCUGAAGGCCACCCAGGAAGAGGCCCCAGCCUGCAGGAAGAGUCCCCUGGGCCCGUGCCCAGGACUGGAGCCCUGGGUGUCGAGGUUUUCCACUCCAGGAUAGCAUGCCUGCCAGGCAGUCGAGACAGGAAGGGGCGGCCCCUGCUUCUGGUGUCGACCGCAGAGGCAGCCUGGGAGGCACCGUGGUGCUCGGGCUCCGAGGUCACCAAGCUGCUCUCCUACCUGUGCGGCAUCCCCAGGCCCGAAGAUAAAGCCAAGGGGCUGGUGGUCGUGGUCGAUGCCAGGAAUCAGCCCCCACAGCCUGAUCUGGUCAGCGCCCUGCAGGCCACCCAGGCUCUGGCCCCGGCCCCAUUCCGCAGCCUGCUCUUCCUGGGGGAGAAGGAGGAUGCUCUCCAGCUGCAGGCCUUACCUGACGUCCAGAUGGAGGUGCUGACCUCAUUGAAGGCCCUCAGCCACCACGUGGACCCCAGUCAACUGCCAGCUGCCCUGGAAGGCCCCCUCCCCUACUGUCACAGCGAGUGGGUGCAAUUCUUCCAGAAGAUGGACCCUUUCCUUGCUGACCUGCGCCAGGCCUCGGCGCUGCUACGGGCUUCCAUCGAGGCGUUGGAGAAGGGGGACCCCCCUGGGGGGGUGCAGGACGCUGCCAGGUGCCUGAGCAAGUCCAAGGAGCUGAUGGAGGCGGUGCUGAAGGACCCGGGCCUGCUGGGUCUGCAGCGGGAAGGUGGAGCCACCCUGGCCCGGCUGCAGCGUGAGGCCAGCAGACUGGACUCCAACCCUGACGUCAGGAGCCACCUGGCGGAGGCUGCUGCCCUGUACGGCCUUGUGGAUGAGCAGCUUCACAUCCUGGUCACCGCCUCCAACCAUCUCCUGGGGAGGCUGGAGCUCCGCGUCCGCCUGGGCCACCUGGAAGCCGCCAUCCUCCAGGUCAGCAACUGGAUGGAGCAGGAAGGCAGCCAGUGCCUGCAAGCGCUUGCCCCUAAGGACGGAGGCCUGCAGACGGUGGAGAGGGCCCACGCGGAGUUUGAGGACUUCUUCCUUCAGGCUGCAGCGCAGUACCGCCGAGGCCUGGAGCUGUCCAAGCAGGCAGCCCAGCUGGGAGCGGCGGCCGGAGCAGCUGGUGAGGCUGGAGGGACAGAGUCCCCAGAGCUGGUGGCCUUUGCCCACACCCAGCGGGCCUUCCAGGCAAAGCUGACCCACUUCUACAUGGCGGCCGAGAGGCAGCGCACGGACCUCGAGACCUUGCUUCACCUGCACCGCUUCUGCAAGAAGAUGACCUGGUUCCACAUGGACUGUCAGGACCUGGUGACCCAGCUCAGGCUGGGCAAGGCCCAGAGGGCCAGCCCUGCGGACCAGCGCCGCCUCCAACGCUACCUACAGCGACUGGCAUCCGAGUUCUCGGCGGAGAGGCUCACGGCCAUGGGGCUGCAGGUGGCCUCCCUGAGCCAGGCAGGCCUGGGCCAGGGCCCGUGGGAAGAGGCCCAGGCAAGGCACAAGGAGAUCCAGGGCCUCCUGAAGAAGGCGCUGGUCCCCUGCCUGUGCCCAGGGGCUCCCGCUGCCUGCCUGUCACACCCAGAGCUCAGAGGGACAGCUACCAAGGGCCCCGGUCUGAAUGGCGAAGUCGCUUCCAAGGGGAGGGGGGACCUGCCCCUACACGACUCUCUGGGGGUACAGCACUUGCCCAAGUCGUCCUGGCCCCCUCGGGUUACCAGAGGGAAGCAGCCUAGAAGUUCCCAGCCAGGUCCUCCACCCCAGGAGGCUGGCCGAGCUGUAGAGGCCGUCGAGGACAAAGGCCCCCACGAGCUCCCGGAGCCGGCCCCGGAGAGUUUUCUGGCCACCCUCUUCUCCUGGCAGCGGUCCCCCAGGCAGAGCCGGGUCCCCUGCCCCACUGGAGGCAGCUUUUCCUCAGAGGGGACAGACUCACAGACAUCCCUGGAGGACUCACCCCAGACAAGCCCGCCGGCGUCUCUCUAGCUGGGAACCCCCGUCAAUCACCAGGCUCUCGGGGUGGCGGGGGGAGGCCCGGGGAGAGGAGGAGCGGGGAGCCCUGGUGAA